ACACUAAGUACUUUUAGAUGGAUGAAGAGAGAGAGUUAUCUGUUGAUGAAAUGGAGAUUAAUUUCACAGGAAUUGAUGGUGAUACCUCCUUAUUUCCUGAAUCCGAAAUACAGCAAGAAAUAGAACUGCAGAAACUGCACAAUGCAGCAAUGAGAGGGGAUUGGGGACAAGCCAGGAUGAUCCUGCAGAGAAACGAGAACGCGAAGAUCGCAAAAAUCUCGAGCCUCGGCAUGACAGCGUUGCACGUGGCGGCCAGUUGCGGGCGAUCAAGCUUUGUCGUGGAGCUAGUGAAACUCCUAACUCCGCAACAGCUUGAAUCUCGCGAUCAAUUAGGCCGCACAGCACUUCACCAUGUCGCUUUGGCCGCAAGCAAAGAAGCAGCCAGAGCUAUGGUGGGGAAGAACCCGGAUCUGCCUCAAAUCGGAGAUAUGAAGUUGUAUACGCCGUUGUUUUACGCCGCCCGAUGGCGGCAUCCGUCCAAGAGUAAGGAGAUGUUGGAAUAUCUUUACCUAGUGACUAAAGACGAACCGCCUUGUUACACUUACACUUAUCCUUCCGCUGCUAAUCUCAUUGUGGGAAUCACAGCUUCACGUUGCCAUGAUAUCGUUUUGCGUAUACUUCAAAGGCAUCCUGAAUUAUCUUUGAGAAAGAAUCAUAAUGAAAUGUCUAUACUUCAUAUCUUGGCCAUGCAACCUUCAUUAUUUCACAGUGGAAGUGAGAAUGACCCCAUGGAGAGGCUAUUUCAUCCAGGGAAGAGCCGUGGACACUUUGCUAGGCAGAAAGAGCAUCAGGAUGCACUAAAUCUUGUUCAUUUCAUUUGCAAGAUACUACAAAAGAGAUCUAAAUCAGAGAUCUUGGAAUACUUUUUGCCUUCGGAAUCCGAUUCACCGGAAAUUCUUCAUCUAGCAACGGAGCAUGGAGUUUAUGAACUUGUUCAAGUGUGUUUGAACUAUUUCCCUGACCUAAUUUGGUAUGCAAACAAUGACAAGAGGCAGCUGCUGCAUGUGGCCAUUGAGCACCGAAGGCCGUUGAUCUUCAACCACAUAAUCGAAUUGAUUGGUGAGAAUACAAAAGCUUAUGCCGAUGUCGAAGACGAAGACAAAAACAACAUCCUUCAUUUAGCUGCAAAUUUGGCUCCUACUCCUCAACUCCAUUCUGUUCGUGGUCCUGCAUUUCAGAUGCAACGAGAACUACAAUGGUUUAAGGCAGUGGAAGCAUUAGUUUAUGAUGAGAAAAGGGUAGCCAAGAAUAUUGAAAACAAAACCCCAAGAGAGGUUUUCUUCGAGAAUCAUGAACCUCUUAUGAAGAACGCAAAAGACUGGCUGAAGGACACCUCAAACUCGUGCAUGGUGGUGGCUACAUUAGUCGCAACGGUCGCAUUUGCGGCCAUGAUCACCGUACCGGGCGGGAACGACGGUGGAAGCGGCCGGCCGAUCCUCUCAAAGACCAAACUGUUCAUGGUCUUUUGCAUAUCGGAUGCGGUAUCGAUGAUAUCCUCGGCCAUUUCGCUCCUAAUGUUUUUGUCCAUCCAGACCUCGAGAUAUUCGGAAGAAGACUUCAUAGAAUCCCUCCCGAGGACUCUGCUUAAAGGCCUCCUUUCUCUUUUCAUUGCGGUGGCAACGAUGAUGAUUGGUUUUGGUACCGCCAUUGGUUUGGCGCUUCAAACUAGGGUUAGUUGGGCUUACAUUCCGUUCACUAUUGUGGCUUGUUUCCCUGUGAUUCUUUUCACUAGGCUGCAACUUCCUUUGCUUUUUCAAACCCUAAUAUUUACUUCUGGACCUGGCAUUUUUCAAGGACCUAUGAUUACCCGUACUCAUCAUCAUCAUCGUACACUUCUUGGGUUUUGCAUCAAUAAUUGUGCCAAACCCUUCAUGUCCGAUGACAUUGCUUGAUUGAUCGGAAUUCAUUAUUGUACAUAAAGUCCAGAUUCUGUUUUUGUAAUGCGCAUUUUUGCGUACACAUUUUGUAACGUACAUUUAAUUUAAAUUAUGCGAUAUAAACAAGAGAUCACUUACAGUAUUUAAAAUGCACAUCUUUUCAUCGA